AUGAGUUUCUUAUUGGAAUUCGCGUCCUGCUGCGGCUGCGCUGCCUCGCUUUCCCCGGUUCCGGCGACGUUCUCCCCCUCCUCCUCCUCCUACUACUACGGUGAGAAACGAAGGUCCUUCGUGCCCCGGCGUCCGACGCAUAGGCCUCUGCCUUCUUUUCGGCCCCGCCAUGUUCUGAAGCGUAGGAGGCCGGCUGCUCGGGCAAAGUGGAGGCCGACGCUGCUACCCAUUUCCGAAGACGACGAGGUAGAGACGCAGAGAUGCGAUUCCAUUCGAUCGGAAAAACAAGGGAUGAGGAGGAGCGACGCCUCCAGGGCGCUUCAUUACGAUUACGAUUCCAGGAGUGCCGGUGCUUCCAGUUCCAAGAUUGUAACCGCCUUUUAUCCCAUGCCAUAUAUGUUCUGAUCACUCUCUCCUUAUACACAAUCAAUUCGAUGAUCCAGCUCGUCUUGUAAGUGGAAAUGAAGCUUCUUCUUCUUCUUCUUGUUUUUUCCCCUUUUACUGUAAAUAUAUUUGGUACUUCUAAAUCCGGCCGAUUGUAAAGUUUCUCCAGUAUAUAUUUAAGAGCAUAAUUUUUUUGACAUUUA